AAAGUUAGCAAAGCUGAACGACUGAGAUUACAGAAAGAAGAGGAAGAAAGGAGGCUGAAAGAGGAAGAGGAAGCCCGACUGAAAGCUCAACAAGAAGAAGCAGCAAGACUUGAAAAGGAGAGAAUUGAACAAGAGCAGAUGGAAAAGCUUGAGGCAAAAGAUCACGAACGAAGGGAGUCUGAACUAGCAGAACUUCAUUCCCUGGAACAGAAAUUUUUGUCUGCGCAACAGUGGAAAACAGCUUGUAGAGCAUAUGCAAAGUGGGAGCAUUACCUCAGUUGUGAUGGAAGUCCUGACCCAACUGUACUGCAGGAAAUAAAUACUUUCAUGAGCUUAUGGCGUGAAGAUCAAAAUGAGGACAUUCAACUUGUGAUGGAGAAAGGAGAACAGGUGCUAAAUUUAAUUGAGAAGCUGCAGUUUCUUUUAUUGGACACACCACCAAGUGAGAUAACAGAAAAAGAAACAGUCCAGUACCAGGAAUCUAUUCUGGAAUUGCAGAAUCUGCUUCAUCAGAAGUACAACGGAGCAACAGAACACCUGCUUAAGACAGCUAAUAUGUAUGAAGAUUCUGAAACCGGAAACAUGCAGGCGGUCAUAAAGGAUAAAAAUGUUACUUUCUGUAUUUGGGCCAAUCUGAAGAAGAAAGUAAGGUUCAAAAAUCACGUGUUUUGUGAUGCACAGCAUGGAUUUGAUCUUCCAAAGCCACUGGCUGUGAGCAGUGUUGCCGUUCGCAUAUUGCAUACUCAUUACGAUCACGUAUCUCCGCUUUGGCUGCAGUGUCAGAGCAUGCCGAAAUGGGAAGUCUUAGAUAGCAAAGAGUUAACAGCUCAGCAUUCAAAAGGCAAGGUAGGAGAACCAGCAGAAGAGGAAAAGAAACGCAGAGAAGAGCCCAGCACACCCACUGAAGAAGAAAUGUGUUCUGGGGGGAGAAAGAGUGCCAUCUCAUUCAAAGAAAACACUAAUAGCAUAGCAGAAAUAAAUGAGACAGGGGAGGAAACUGAGAAGAAAUCAGAAAUCUUGGACAUACCAUCACAAGUUCAGGAUCCACGGGUGCAGCAAGAGCCGAAUGAAAAAGAAGAGGCGGAGACUGUUUCAAACAUUGUUGAUUUGCAACAGUUUGUGCCGGUGGGUGGCGUGUACCACAUCGCCGCGCUGCGGCUUCCACCGCAGGUCAGACAGAUCAAGGACUGGAGUGUGGUGGAGGUGAUCGAUGCUGGAUUGGAGGCAUACCCAUACCCCCCAGAAGAGGCUGAAGAUGCCACACAUCCACCAAUACAGAUAACCCUCAGGCUUUCUGACAACGUGAUGUAUUUUGAGGAUCCUGUGAUAGCCCGAUGGGAUCCUGCAGGCCGACAGUGGCGGACUGACGGCAUCAGCAACGUAACAUACGAAACUCAGGACAAGCGUGUCACCUUUGAGAUGGGUGCCUUUUCUACAGUAGCCCUUCUCCAGGAUGCUCAUCUCAACAUGCCGUAUCAGGCAUGGGAAUUGCGACCUACUGGUACAGAUGAAGCACUACUUACAGUUACUGCAGUCUUUGCAACAAUUCAGAUACAAAUUAAGGGUAAUCAGUGUAUGUUGUCUUCAGUAGUGGUGGAAGAGAAGGAUGUGCUUUCCCAUGUCACAGGAAAAUGGCUAAGUCCAGUAGCGGUUUUGAAAAAAGCUGGUGUGAAUAUUUUCCCAGGAGAGUGUUCUCACAAGUAUGUCUCUGUGAACAAGAAGGCUCUCCUUGCAGAAGUCAGGGCCUAUAAACAGAUGGCACUGGUUGCGUCUGCUUUUGCUUUUGCCCGGAGCAAGUGGAAUCUAGAAGCAGGUCAAGAGCAAGCAGUGUUCAAGGUGAGUGAGCAUCUCAAAGCAGAGUCUGUCGAAGACAAAGACUGGUCUCUUUAUAUGUUUAAUGGUCAGAAAGCACAAAAGCUCAAGAUCACUGAAAACAGUGAAACUUUCUCAGAAGAGCUAGCAGAAGAUUCUGAAUUUCACUCCACGCUCUACCAUGUGCUUAAGGACUUUGCCAGGAAAGAAGCACUUGACAAAGUGGAAAGAGCCAGCUUCCUGUUUAUCGACGUUGUGUAUCAGCUGCUCCUUGCUACAAGAGUUUUAACAUACUCUUGA